ACGAUUUUGAGGUGUACGGUUCAAAUAGUUCAUUUUCAUAACAAGAUCUUUGUAAAUAUUACAAAAAAAAAUCAAUUAAGAUGACAGACACUAGUCAAACAAAAUCAGCUCAAAACGAAUCUACGCCAAACGAAUCAAAAUCAGGUGAACAAAAGAGUGGACAAGAGUCUGAAUGGGCGAAACGACUUUUAAAAUCAGCUUUCUUCAAUACGAGCGGUGAAAAUAAAUGGGGCUACGAUUUGUAUCCCGAGCGCAAAAAAAACUUCGAGCUCUCACUUUUCAAGGCUGUAACAAUGGAACAAGGACGUGAAUCAUACGAUAAAGUGAGGUGCGAAAAGAAUGUUUUCUUUUGCGCUCAAAAAAGUCCACUGGUUAAAACGAUGAUGGGUGCAUUGAGAUCAGCUGGCUGCCCAUUUGAUUUGACAAGACACAUAUCAUGUGAAACUUGCGAUGAAUCGGUGACUGGCGGCUAUGAUCCGGAAACCAAUCAAAUCGUAAUAUGUCAAAAUACAGCGAGAGACCGUGGAUUUGUACAGGGCAUCCUAACACAUGAAAUGAUCCACAUGUUUGACUACUGUUUGAAUAAUUUGGACUUCAAAAACGUUGAACAUUUAGCAUGUACAGAAAUUCGAGCAGCUAAUUUGGCGCAUUGCAGUUUUUUGGGUGCGUACAUGCAAGAUGAUGCCGACUUUUUUAAUAUCCGAAAAAAACAUCAGGAUUGUGUUAAAACAAAAGCACUUUACUCAGUAUUGGCUGUUCGACGGGAUCUAUCAAAGGCUGAAGCCAUCAAAAUUAUAGAGAAAGUGUUUCCAAAGUGCUAUGCGGAUUUAGAACCAAUUGGACGGAGAAUAAGAUCAGGCAGCGCUGAUCCAGAGCACGCUUAUGCAGAAUCAAAAUAUUAUGGCUAUUAUUGAUACAAUUGCAUUUUGUGGUUUAUUGUUGGCUUUAUUGAUAUUUAAUAUAUGCACAUCAAGUGAUUAAAGCUAAUAAAUUAGUGAAUUUUGUGCAAAAACUGUA